CUUGGGACAAGGCGAAGUAAAUGCACUCAAUGAGAUGAUUCAAACAUUUUUAGUUACUCUUUCUAUCCAUAAUGCGUGUCAAGCACCAGGAACCAUCUCUUUGCAAUUCUCAGAAUACCGAAAACCCCCAUGUCGUGGGUCACUGCCACCAACUAUGUCCACAUGAGUCAACUUCCCGACUUUCCCAUCUAGAAGACCUCACACUCAGUUUAUCGAAUACGUCAAUUCGAAGUUUGGCCGGAGCUACUAGCGGGGUGGCCUCUAGUAUUGUAAUAUGUCCUCUGGACGUUAUGAAAACCAAACUACAAGCUAGACAUGGUCUGCAACUAUGGACGCUCGACGCCGUUAGCAAACGACGUUCAUUUCAAGACAGAGGCAUGAUAGGUACUGGGCGCGCAAUAUGGCAUGAAGCGGGAUUGGUUGGUAUGUAUCAAGGACUGGGACCCGUCAUGCUCGCAAGCUUCCUGAGGGGAACAAUACACUUCCCAAUAUAUCAUAAGAUCAAUGAUUUUUUACUAGACAAUUUCAGCCCACAACGUAUAUUGGUAUCCUCAUGUGUAUCAGCAGUUGCUGGAGGUGCCUGUUCUACAUUAUUCACAUAUCCAUUGUGGCUUAUCAAAACCAGAUUACAGUCUCAAUCAAACAUCUCUAUCGAGAAUACCACGAGAGAGUACAAGUCCAUCAUAGAUGUCGUUCGGAAGAUGUAUUACCGAGAAGGCAUCAUUUCGUUUUAUUCAGGGCUAACUCCGUCAUUGCUUGGUGUAACAAACGUGGCUAUACAAUUUCCGCUGUAUGAACAAUUCAAGAGAUAUUUGACAGGAACAGGACUUGGAAGUUGGCGUGAGGACCAGGGCCGGUCUCAGGUCUUGGGGAUUCUGGCAGCCAGCUCCGCGAGCAAAGCAUGUGCAACUGCGGCCACAUAUCCACACGAAGUUAUUCGAACAAGAUUGCAAACACAACACUUAGCAAUGCCACCAUCAUACAGAGGCUCAUCCAUGGAUGCAGGUGGCCAAUUCAAGGAAAUAAACAAUAAUGGAGGGAGGCCAUGGAAGUCUUCCGUUAUGUACCGAGGCAUAGUCAACACACUCAGAUUAAUAUUGCGAGAUGAAGGUUGGCGUGCUUUGUAUUCGGGGAUGGGAACUAGCUUGAUUGGAGCAAUACCAGCCUCUGCCACGACAAUGCUGGUGUAUGAAGCAGUAGUGCAGCUGAUUAACAAGUCGAGGACAGAAGGGAGAAGAAAGCUCAAAUUGUAGGACGAUUCAACCAAUGCGGACACUCUCGUUCUUUAACGUUCUUUAUUGUUGAUAAUUAAUAACACAGCUCACUAAAGUGUAUAUGUUUAUAUAUAAGACAAUAUUGAUACAACG